AUGGACGGCGGCAGCGGCAGCAGCAGCAGCGCUAGCGAGCGAGCGAGCGAGCAACCUGCAGAAGGACCGCGCGGAGGAGCGGGAGCCCGCUAUGCUUUGGCCUCACAGCAGCCGCAGCCGCAGCAGCACCGGGCCGCGCCGCCGCCGGGGCCGGGGCUGGCUGCCAUGGCGGGGGGGGGGGACGCCGCCGGCACCGCCGCUCGCCCCGCCGGGCGCCGCGAGUUCCUCCGAGUGCGCCGCCGCACCCCGCGUCGCCACCGCCGCGCACGCACCGCCGCACCAACACAGGGCGGCCGGCGGCAGCCCCGCUCCGUAGCCCUAUCGCCACGGCUCGCAGCGGCCGCCGCUCGGCAGGGCGCGUUGGCGAGCGGGUGGAAGCAGACUGCCCCAAAUGAGAAACUGAGCCCAGAAACACUGAGCACAGGGCGUGUGGUCAUUAACUGUUGCACACCAGGACAAGGCUGUACUGACAUGCAGCUGAUCGGGAGAUGCCUGCAGUGGGAACAAAGUGUGUCCUCAGAAGUCAAUUUGGGAUGUGCUAUUUCUGAGAGUAGUGAAGGUGUAAAAUAUGAGCUUUUUCAAUUGUGGGCUUAUGGUGGUUUUGAGUUCCUGAUUGAACUGAUGCAACUUUUAAAAUUAGAUAUUCCAAAUGAGAGUGAUCACAAACUCUGUGGAAAGAAUCUCUUCUGGAGAUCCCUCCUCUGGCGUUUUGAUGCAAGCCUGGGAUGCGGAAUAACUGUCCAGCAUCCUCUGCCCAACCAAUCAGAAUGUAGGAAAAUCUACAGAUAUGACGGAAUCUACUGUGAAUCUACCUACCAGAAUUUACAGGCUUUGAGAAAGGAAAAGUCCCGAGAUGCUGCUCGCUCUCGCCGGGGAAAGGAGAAUUUUGAAUUCUAUGAGUUGGCAAAGUUGUUGCCACUGCCUGCAGCCAUUACCAGCCAGCUUGACAAGGCAUCCAUCAUUCGACUUACAAUUAGCUAUCUGAAAAUGAGGGACUUUGCUAAUCAAGGUGAUCCUCCAUGGAACUUGAGAAUGGAAGGACCUCCACCUAAUACAUCAGUAAAAGUUAUAGGUGCCCAACGCAGGAGAAGUCCCAGUGCCCUUGCCAUUGAAGUAUUUGAAUCUCAUUUGGGAAGUCAUAUUUUACAGUCCCUGGAUGGAUUUGUAUUUGCACUAAAUCAAGAAGGAAAAUUUUUGUACAUUUCUGAAACUGUCUCCAUCUACUUAGGCCUGUCCCAAGUGGAACUGACAGGCAGCAGUGUGUUUGACUACGUCCACCCAGGAGACCAUGUGGAGAUGGCAGAGCAGCUGGGCAUGAAACUUCCCCCGGGGCGAGGCCUUCUCUCACAGGGUACAGCAGAGGAUGGAGCCAGCUCAGCAUCCUCAUCUUCCCAGUCCGAGACCCCUGAGCCAGUCGAAUCUACAAGCCCCAGUUUACUAACCACUGACAACACUCUAGAGCGUUCUUUUUUCAUCCGAAUGAAAUCUACACUGACCAAGAGAGGAGUGCACAUCAAAUCGUCAGGAUAUAAGGUGAUUCAUAUAACAGGCCGCUUACGUCUGAGAGUGUCACUGUCUCAUGGACGGACAGUACCCAGCCAAAUCAUGGGACUUGUUGUCGUUGCUCAUGCUUUGCCACCUCCUACAAUUAAUGAAGUCAGGAUUGACUGCCACAUGUUUGUCACUCGUGUGAAUAUGGACCUCAAUAUCAUUUACUGUGAAAAUAGGAUUAGUGAUUACAUGGAUUUGACCCCUGUAGAUAUCGUAGGAAAGAGAUGUUAUCACUUUAUUCAUGCUGAAGAUGUGGAAGGCAUCAGGCAUAGUCAUUUGGACUUGUUAAAUAAGGGUCAGUGUGUAACAAAGUAUUACCGCUGGAUGCAGAAGAAUGGAGGUUAUAUCUGGAUACAGUCUAGUGCAACCAUAGCUGUCAAUGCCAAGAAUGCAAGUGAGAAGAAUAUCAUCUGGGUCAAUUACCUUCUCAGUAACCCAGAGUAUAAGGACACUCCCAUGGAUAUUGCACAACUUCCUCAUCUGCCAGAGAAAACCUCAGAAUCCUCAGAGACCUCUGACUCUGAAUCAGACUCAAAGGACAAUUCAGAGGACAAUGAGAACUCAAAGUCAGACGAGAAAGGAAACCAGUCAGAAAACAGCGAAGACCCUGAAUCUGACAGGAAAAAGUCAGGAAAUCAGUCAGAUAAUGAAAUGAACUGUAAUGAUGAUGGGAACAGCUCCAGCAACCAGGACAGCAGGGACAGUGAUGACAGCUUUGAGAAUUCGGACUUCGAGAAUCAAAAAGCUCCUGAGGACAGUUUUGGCACUCUUGGUUCUAUGCAGAUCAAGGUGGAGCGUUUUGUUGAGAGUGAGUCAGACUUGCGGUUGCAGAACUGUGAAUCACUGACCUCGGACAGUGCCAAGGACUCAGACAGUGCAGGGGAAGUAAAUGCCCAGUCUUCUAGCAAACAUCAAAAGAGGAAGAAGAGAAGAAAAAAGCAAAAGGGAGGCAGCAUGACCAGGAGAAGGCUGUCAAGCACCUCAAGCCCAAACGGACUUGACUCAGCUUUGGUAGACCAGCCCCAGCUGCUCUCGUCGCCAAACAGUGCCUCAGUGCUCAAAAUUAAAACAGAAAUCUCAGAACCUAUCAAUUUUGAUAAUGAUAGCAGUAUUUGGAAUUACCCCCCCAACAGGGAAAUCUCAAGGAAUGAAUCACCCUACAGUAUGACCAAGCCCCCCAGCUCCGAGCACUUCCCUUCCCCCCAAGCCAGCAGUAGUUUACAUGUCUCCAUUCCAGACUCUGUUCUCACCCCACCAGGGACUGAAAAUACUGCCAGCCGCAAAACUCAGUUCAGCACCUCAUCCAACUCAGCCUUGGCUCCUGUGUCCUCUGACCCUUUGUCACCCCCGCUUUCAGCAUCUCCAAGGGAUAAACACCCAGGUGGUCCCACAACUUCCAACUCUUUGUUGUACACUGGGGAUCUGGAAGCCCUUCAGAGGUUGCAAGCAGGCAAUGUGGUGCUUCCUUUGGUUCACAGGGUAACAGGAACCCUUGCCGCAACAAGCACUGCUGCUCAGAGGGUCUACACCACUGGCACUAUUCGGUAUGCUCCAGCUGAAGUUACUUUAGCCAUGCAGGGCAACCUCCUCCCCAACACCCACGCUGUUAACUUUGUUGAUGUUAACAGCCCCAGCUUUGGGCUGGAUCCUAAAACACCGAUGGAAAUGCUCUACCACCACGUUCACCGACUCAAUAUGUCGGGACCAUUUGGAAGUGCUGUGAGUGGGGCCAGUCUGACCCAAAUGCCUGCAGGGAAUGUGUUCACGACUGCCGAAGGACUUUUUUCCACUCUUCCAUUUCCUGUGUACAGCAAUGGCAUUCAUACUACACAGACUCUGGAACGGAAAGAGGAUUGAAAUAUGACCACAUACUGUGUUCAGUGUUAAGCUCUGAGGCAUAGACUAUGUUUUAAUUUAGACCUUUAAUUCUAGCACUUUGAAUUCGAGCAGGUCAGUUUAUUCUCUCAAUAUGACAGUCCCCAUUUCAUUCCCCUUCUCUUUAACUUGACUUAUUCUUUAAUGUAAAGAUAUUUUUUUAUUUUUGCCUUCAGAGAGUUGAAGUACCAGUUGCCUGCCAUUUUGUCUUCUUCUAAGAUGUGUGUUUUUUCCUUUGCAUCUUUAUUAAGAUGCCUUUAAUGUGUAUGCCUCUGCCAUAGAAUACUCAGUGUUGUGGUAAAGAGAUUUUAAAGUGACAACCAUUGGUUUUACUUCAAAAUGAUCUUGAUAUGAUCAAGAUUAAAAGAGACAAGCAUAAACAAUGUGCCCUGUUUGACUAAGUCAAAUGAAAAGGGGUUUUUGUUCCUAAUUCCUUUAAAAUAGGGGAUAGUAUUUUAGAAUUUUAUGCAGAGUUUAAUUCUCUUUUUAUGAUUAAGAUUUUCUUACUUGCACAUAAAAUAAUUUGGGUUCUUAAAAAGUUAAUUUCUGGCCUGUGACUAGAAUGUUGAAAAGUUGGACUAAAUGUUAAUUACUGAAACUUUAACUUAAUUUCUAAAACCAUGGUGCUAUCAUUUAUUAAUCUGUAAUAUCUUCAUACAAUUUGCAGCUUGUGGGCUGGGUUUUUUGAAAAGAAUGUGUUCUGUACUGGUCAAUAGUCGGGUGCUGCAGUCUCCUUGGUUAGUUAAGACAAAAGCCCUCAUUAACAUUUGCUGCAGGAUUUAAAUUUUUUACCUCCAAACUAACAAGCAUAGCCUCACAUUAAAUUUAAAUGGGUCAGGAAGCCUUUUUCAAAAAGCGCUUAAAAAUAAAAAACUCAAUUUAAUUGAUGCAAGGAGCAGUUUCUUAGGUGCAUAUUGUUUUGCUUUGGGGUUUUUUUUUUUGUUUGUUUGUUUUUCUCAGUGUAACUGAGGCUAAUUCUACAUCAAAUAACACUUCAGAGUAAAAAAAAAAAAAGAAAAAAAGAAAAAAACCACAAAAAAAAAAAAAACCA